GAUUGAAAUUGCGCUUUAAAUCAUUGCUGGAAAGCAUACCCUACUGUGCUGGCAAAAUUUGAGAUUUUUUGUGAUCUGGGAAAAUUACUCUCACGGGAGCUACUGUAUGGUGUCGUGAAAACCUCAAAUGCUAUAAUCUUGUGACAGGUUUUCCGAGCGGAAAAUCUGAUCUUUUCAAAAACAGUUAAAACCGUGACUUGAUAACCCGAUAACAAAGAUCAGGAGUCUCUUACCCCAAAGUUAUUGAAAGUUUCUCCGAAGAAUGAUUGAGAAGAGGCGAGAUACUCGGGCGAGCCGUGAGGUGGGCAACGCGACAUGCACUCGGAGCUUAGUUGACCUCUCGACAAGCUAGUAUUAGGUAAUCGUUUUUACAAUUGUUUUUGGAAGUCCUAUUGAAACUUUUAUUUUCUCACAAGCAAUCUAAUUUAAUUUUAACUCCAGCCUUAGUCGUUUGCAAGUACCGAAUACUAGUGUAACUCACCGAAUAGAAUAAUAAACAUUUUAUAGUUACUAGACUUGGCGCAGUGCGCUGCGCGCACUGUAGUAGACUAUAAUUUUAUUAACUUAUUAAAUGGAAUAUAAAUACUUGAUUGAUAUUUUUAAUAUUUGUUUUCUAUCACGGAAAUAUAUCAAACUUUACAAUAUAUGAUUCAUUUCGCGCUCAUAUAAAUUUCAAAGUUGCCGCGGUUUCGUCGCCAACUUCCUUUUAAAAUUUUAAGGUUAUGUCUCGAGAGUAGAAUGUCUCUAGAAUAUUAUAAAUACACAAAUUAUAAUUUGAUAUGUAUUAUAGUAUUAUAUUACAUUUUUAAUAUUGGAAUCAAUUUUAGAAAUCAAAAACAAAUCAAAAAAUUCUAACGAUACUUUUGACGCAUGCGCACUACAUGAGCCAAUCAUAUUGACGCAUUCUUGGCUUCACUUCAUCCGGUCAUGACUUUUUUUAUAUAGGGAUAAUAAAUUUAUUGCAAUUGCUAUAUCUAUUUAUAACCAUCUAAGAGCAAAGUUUAAUAUUAUACAUAUGGUAAAACGGAUUAUAUUAAUUUCUGACAUGUGCUUUCUCGAAACAGUGGAAUGAUUUUUAUUUACUGCAAUUACUGAUCCUCACGACUUUUCGUAAGCUAAAGUACUCGCAAUUUAAGACAAUCAUUUUCGCGAUAAGAUAAAAUUAUAAGUGAAUGAGUAGUCGGACUUCUUAUCAAGUUCUGCAAUUGAAAAAUUCGGAAAUCAAGUUGAAAUAUUUAUACGACGAGCCAUAAAACAUAAUUAAAUCCUCCAAGCUACAGAGCGCUAGAUAAGAUAUGUUUCUGGGAUCUGCAAGUUCAUUCUAUUGUAAUGCAAAGCGCCGUUGCGCAAUUGCAAGUAAGAAGUAGCAUUUGCGGUAAGUUAACAAUCAUUCGCUGACAAGGACGACUCGACAACAAUCUUCUUCUGUUCCUUUAUUAACUCGAGCGAGCACUUCUCGCAGAGCUAGACUAGAAGUAGCCCGGGGCAUUCCGUUCUAGAAAAGCUGGCGCGACUACAGACGACUAGAGAAUGCCAAACAAAGCUGUCGUUAGGGCCGCGGAGGAACUCGAACGUAAGAUAAAAGCAUGGCUGCAUGAUCACCUGAUUCCUCGAAUGGCCGACAUCUUAAAAGAAAAAUAUAUCAAGGGAGAGGCCGAGUGCAAGGUUACGCGGCCGAGAGACUCCUAUUUCCAGUCCGACACCUUCUUCGCGAAUAUCCGGUUUGCCAGCUCUUCUCCCACUGAGUGGCACGUUCUGGUGAAGUUGCCCAACCAGGACGAGAUCGUACGCACCCACCAUAACUUUACAGACCUUUUUAACAACGAGAUACUCUUUUACCAGAGGUUUGCGAAUUCUGAGAGCGAAGAUUAUCCCAAGUGCUACUUAGCUGGCGCAGAUCCGGUCUUCGAGAAGGUGAUUGUGUUGGAAAAUGUAAGUCCUCGAGGUUACUUCAUCUGCUCCAAUAAGAUAAACAUAGGCAUGGACUACGUUCUGGCAGGACUGCAGACGAUCGCUAGAUUUCACGGCUUCACUUACGCCAUUAAGGAAGAAAUGCCGGAAAAGUUUUACCAGAUAGUUAACAAUAUUAAGUUGGUCAGAUACGACAAAGAUAAUGUAUACAUGCCACACAUGGAAACUGUCAACUCUAGAAUUCUUCGUGUUGUGAAAGGUCUAAAGGCAAGAGGUGAAGAUUUAAAAUUCACAAAACAAAUAGAAGACCUUUUUAAGGAUGCCUACCACAAAGUCCUAAUAAGGUGCGUCGAGCCAGUCGAACCACUUGCCACGAUUGUUCACGGAGAUUGCACCCAAAACAAUGUGAUGUUUCGCAAAGUAGACCCCGGAGGUUUUCAAGCAAUACUCAUUGAUUUUCAAUUGAUGAUGUAUACCUCACCUGCUGCCGAUGUCUCUGUUUGGAUUUACAUGUGUCUUACCCUAGAAGACAUCAAGGCGCAUAGAGAAGCCCUCUUCAACGCCUACCAUGAUACACUCAGGAAAAUCCUGAAGGAACGAAACAUCUGGUCGCCAGAAAAGUACAGUCGCGAGGCUUUUUGGCAGGAUUACAAGCAACAUGCGAUAAUAGGCUACAUAACAGCUGCAUACUUCCUGCCGAUUAUGACUGAGUUUGCGGACAACAAUGACCUGCUACAGUUGAAUGAUGAGGCGAUCGAAAAAGCUAAUGCUAGUGGCGGCGGUGAGGUCCUGACCAAUGCGCUUGUCGAUAUGUUGCUCGACGCCCGCGAGGCUGGUCUGUUAGACUUCUACUUGAACAAUGAUAAGGCCGAGGUUUGCCAACAUGAGUAAGCAGGUAAUGUGCAUUUAUUCGCGCGAAGGUAAAGAUUGCCGUGGCAGAGGAAAAACUGAUUGAUACAGAUUCAGAAGUUUAAUUUGGCAAGUAUACGCUGAGGGAUGUCGAUGUUUAAUUUUAGUUGGAUUAAUUUGGCUGAUACAUGGAUACAUGUUUUCAGCGGAAUUAAUCUAGGCUUGUUUGAGAGUUAUGAUUGUUGCAUUUAUUUCGAUAAUGUUGCAAUCAACUAUAAUCCUCUCGAUGCAGGGAUCAAUGUGAUUCUAGCAUAAUUACGGUCAAAGAGAUUAAAACUUCAUUUAACCGGUAUCCAAAGCACGACGGUCAAUAUUUGUGACUGAAAUUUCGAUAAUUUGAUUAUGCUGUACAAUUAAAUAAACGGAGAACUUCAUAACAUUUAA